AUCCUAAUGGCGGUGGUGGUUCCAUGCUUCCAGUGGCCCUUGUCCAGCAGAAGGGAACCUUGGGUGGCAUGAGAGCAGUAGUCAGGGCCCCAGUCAUUCUGCUGACCAUUGUGUGGUGAGCUGCAUGCUGCAAAGAACAGGAAGACGGGGCCCUGAGCCUGCCAUCCCCACCCUGACCGCAUGGCUGCAGCACUGAGCAACCAGCACCAUGUGACCAACUCCACGUUGUAGUCCCGGCCGCGGAAGGAUAUUCUGUAGAGCAGAGGGGAAAAAAACCACCAUACUCAGUACAUCCCAGCCGUGAUUUUCAGCCCUGUCUCCUAGUAUCCCUCCGUCGGAGUGAAGCGCCCCCUAUUGGAGACAGUGUUCUGCUGCUGCCGCUGUUCUCCCGCUCUCGCCACUAGGACAAAGACAUCCCCCUGCCAGCACCGGGACGGAGAGAGCCGUCAUCCCGGGAGUCUCCGCUCCCGCCAGGCCGCAAAGGAAGUAACAAUGUUCCAACUACCGGUAAAUAAUCUGGGCAGUCUACGAAAAGCCAGGAAGACGGUAAAGAAGAUCUUGGGAGAUAUUGGCCUGGAGUACUGCAAAGACCAUGUAGACGAAUUCAAGCAGUUCGAACCCAACGACUUCUAUGUGAAAAACACAUCAUGGGAUGAUGUAGGACUGUGGGACCCCUCACUCACUAAAAAUCAGGACUAUAGAACAAAACAGUUCUGCUGCAGCCAGUGCCCGUUUUCCUCAAAGUUCUUCUCCGCUUACAAAAGUCACUUUCGAAACGUCCACAACGAAGACUUUGAGAACAGGAUCCUUCUAAACUGUCCAUACUGUACUUACAAUGGCGACAGAAAGACUUUGGAAAUGCACAUUAAGGUGUUCCAUGCACCAAACAACCCUCAGCCAAGCCCGGUGGUCAGUGCUUUUAAAGAUAAGAACAAGGUUGACAGCCUUAAACCUAAGCAGGCCGACAGCGUGGAGCAAGCUGUUUAUUAUUGCAAAAAGUGCACUUACAGAGAUCCUCUCUAUGAAGUGGUGAGAAAACACAUAUACAGGGAACAUUUCCAGCAUGUUGCAGCACCGUAUGUUGCCAAGGGUGGUGACAAAUCACUGAAUGGUGCCGUGCCUAUAGGGGCAAACCCAAACAGUGAGAGUGGCAUUCAUUGUAAGCGAUGCCUGUUUAUGCCGAAGACAUACGAAACUUUAGUCCAGCAUGUAAUUGAAGACCAUGAGCGGAUUGGGUACCAAGUGACGGCAAUGAUAGGACAUACAAAUGUAGUUGUUCCUAGAUCCAAGCCAUUGAUGCUGAUAGCUCCAAAGCCACAAGAUAAAAAACCCAUGGGCAUUCAACAAAGAAUGGGUCCAAUGCCCCCAGGAAAUGUCCGAACUCUUCCUUCUCAACAAAUGGUGAAUAGACUUUCAAUACCAAAGCAUUCAAUGAAUUCUAACAUGAUGUCUAAUGUCCACAUGCAGCAGAAUAACUAUGGGGUGAAAGGAAUGUCUUCAGGGUAUCCUGUAGGCCAGCAGAUGAGAUUAGGAAUGGGCGGUAAUUCCCCUGUUUCUCUUCCCCAGCAAUCCCAGUCCAUGAAACAGAUGCUUCCUGGUGGGAAUAUGAGAACUUACUCUCUUGGUAAUGAGCAAAGAUCACCAGCUCCUGUAAGGUACUCUCUGCAGUCUGGAAACUCCAGCCUUUCAGGUGGCCAUCUUAAACCAGCUUCCAUGACUCCACCCCAUGCUGCAUCUCGAGGGCUGGUUCAGCCUGGCGGAAAGCCCACUACAGCUGCUGCAGCAGCUGCUGCUGCGGCCGCUGCUAACUCCUCUUCCUCCACUCAAAAGUGGAAGAUAUGUACAAUUUGCAACGAGUUAUUUCCAGAAAAUGUGUACAGCAUUCAUUUUGAAAAGGAGCACAAGGCCGAAAAGGUUCCAGCAGUGGCUAACUAUAUAAUGAAAAUACAUAACUUCACAAGCAAAUGUCUAUACUGUAACCGAUACUUGCCAACUGACACUUUGCUAAAUCACAUGCUGAUCCAUGGCCUCUCCUGUCCUUACUGUCGAUCGACUUUCAAUGAUGUUGAGAAAAUGGCAGCCCACAUGAGAGUGGUUCAUGCAGAUGAAGAAAUGGCACCAAAAACAGAUUCCACUUUGACAUUCGACUUGACGUUACAGCAAGGAAGCCACACAAACAUCCAUUUACUGGUCACCACCUACAACUUGCGUGAUGCCCCAGCUGAAUCUGUAGCUUACCAUGCACAGAACCAACCACCUGCUGCUGCUCCUCCGCCUCCAAAAUCCCAAGUAAAGGCUCCAGAAAAGGUGGAGCCAGCUGUCAAAAACGUGCCACAGACCGCUGUACCAUACAAGAAAGAUGUAGGCAAAACCCUUUGUCCUCUCUGUUUUUCGAUCUUAAAAGGUCCCAUAUCUGAUGCUCUUGCCCAUCAUUUGAGGGAAAGACAUCAAGUCAUCCAAACCGUCCAUCCGGUUGAGAAAAAGCUCACCUACAAAUGCAUCCAUUGCCUAGGAGUGUACACAAGUAACAUGACUGCUUCAACUAUUACGCUGCACCUCGUACAUUGCAGAGGGGUCGGCAAAACUCAGAACGGUCAAGACAAGAUGGGUACCAUUAAAAUAAAUCCUACACAAACAAUCCCUUCAAUGAAACGUUCCAAUGACUAUAUUGAUUUAGCGCUCGCCAAGAGAAGAAGGCCAGAUGAUGACCCUGAUGCCCCAAUCAUUUUAGAUGAUAAACCUGAGGAGCCAGUGGUCUUGGUUCUGGACCCCAGAGGCCAUGAAGAUGACUCCUAUGAAGCCAGAAAGACAUUCCUUACAAAAUACUUCAACAUGCAGCCCUAUGCUAGCAGGAGAGAAAUUGAAAAGUUGGCAGCCAAUUUGUGGUUAUGGAAGAAUGAUAUAGCGUCGCAUUUCAGCAACAAAAGGAAAAAGUGCACUCGAGAUUGUGAGCGAUACCAACUUAGUGUCUUGCUUGGCUUCAACAUGAGGGAGCUGAAUAAAGUCAAGCAUGAAAUGGAUUUUGGCGACGAGUGGAAGUUUGAGAACAUUGAUGAAAGUCAGUCUGCUCCUAAUGCAAGUAAAACGGUAGACAAGAAAAAAUUAAAUGAGUCUAGUUCGUCAGAUAACUCAGAAAAUGCCGCCGAGGACUCGAACGAAAGUGUCAUUGAGCAAACUCCUGAGAAGGAUGUGAAAGCUAUGACUUCAGAACAGAACACCAGUCUUUCAGAGCAGCCCGUGGAAUUGCUAGAAAACCAAAAUGCACUCGCUCGAUCAAAGGCAAACGAUCAUUCUAGUGAAAUCAUUCUGGACAGCUCUGACAGUGAGGAAGAGGUGAUGCCUCAGCCUGUGCCGAAGGACAAGGUCAUGCGCUCCGACAGUGAACUUGCGCCGUCGCAGCCAGAGUUAGGCUUGGAGGACAGCAAUCUGGAGGUGAGGCAGGAAACUCAAGUGAAUGAUUCCAACCACAGUAAAGAUGCUGAAAAUGGCCAAAAGACUGAGAAAUGUCACAUAGUCGAGAGCGAUGAGGAGGACGACAAAUGCAAAACAAAUUCUCAUGACAAAGCUGAAGAAUUCUGGUGUAAAGACAAGUCCCUCUCUAAUGUGUCAGCGAAAGAGGAAAAUUUGUCUGAGCAGUCUAUGGAGUUGCAGACUAGCACAAAUGACCGAGAAGGCGGCGAUCAUUUUAAGACUGUUACAGACAAAAUGCACAACAGUCUACCAGAAGUAGGACUCGGUAGCCAACAAGUAUAGGUUAAACUUUUUAGAUACCACUUGUAUGUACAUCCUCGUAGCUGAUAUUUUCAUUACAACAGGACUGCUAAGCUACCCCCAUCAAACUGUCACUUGCUCGGUGACUACGUCAGACGCUGGAUAUCCAGCCUUUUCAAUGGCUCGCCCUAUACGCCUGCGUGUGGCACAUACCGAUGUGAUGAGCAACAUUGGAUGAUACAAAAUGCACAGAUGUUUUUUUUACCCCCCCCCCCUUUUUUUUUCCUUUUUGAGUUUCUCAUGAUAUCUCAUCAUGUUAUUUUUCUAUUUUUUUUCCUUACAAAAAAGUAAAAACUAAAAAAAAAAACACCAAAAAAAUUAAAUAAAAGAUGCAGAGGAACCCCGCAAACCUCAAUGAGCGCAAGGUUUCCAUCCCCUGAACUACAAGAUGCCCUCUGCAGGUUAUUCAGAAUUUUCUGGCUCACUGUGUACAGAUACUUUUGGAAUACUAUUUUAUUUUUAUUUUUUUUCACCCUCCCAGUCAUGUAUUCAUUCUGAAUAGUUAAAAUGUAUAUUUGUACAGUAUUUUAGACUUCUUCAAAGUGACUUAUGAGAUUGUUCUUGUGUACCCACUAUAGAUUUUUUUUAAUUUUAUUUAGUGAUGGCCUGCUGUGUAAUUAACGCUGUAUCUAGUUUACUUAGCGAAAGGCUUGAAACUGCAUAGUUAAACAGAAAAAAGCAAAAAUAUGAAAAAAAAACACAAACUUAUAAAUUUUGUUGAACUUGGGUUUUUGCACAUAAUCUGUACAAUCUGAAAAUGGAGUCGGUCAUAUAACAUAUAUCUGGACUAUUGUAAUAGAUACUUUGCUGCCCCAAACUUUGGACAUUGAGCUGAUGGAAAACCUGGUAUCCUGGAAGAGAGGUAACUAACUAACUAUAUAUUAAAGCGUCUGUGGUGCUAGCGUACUGCCGAGGCGACCAUUCGGUGGCGUUAACAUCUGGGAAGCCUAUCCCUUUCCUUGGCAAGCAGUGUCUCUGUGAUGAUGGCUUCCAUUGAUGGGCUAGGCAGAGUGCUGGUUCACCCCACACAAUGGCCGUUUCUGUUUGUAAGUGGCAGGCACGCUUUGAACUAGGGAGGUCCAUUGCAAGGAAAAUUAUAUAAAAAAAAAAAAAAAAAGGGUUUGCUAGUCGACAUAUUCUGAUACCUUUCUAAAGGUAGAGGUCUGUAUAAUAUGUAUUGUGUUUAAAGUAUCAAACGAAAGAGAACACAAUGCCGUAUUUUCGUUAUUAGUAUAUUUAGUUGCCCACCUAGUGAUGUUCAUUUAUUCCAUCUAAUAUUUGGCACACUGUUGUAGUAUUUUGUGAUCUUUCUUUCCCUUUGUAUUCAUUUAAGCAUCUAAAUAAAAAGCUGUAUUGUGCUUAA